AUGAGACAGGAUAAAUCGGCCGGAGCGUCUGGGGUCGUGGCGUGGGCUGAGAGGGGUGCGGCGGAUGCCGGAGGGCAGAUAAAAGGGGCGGCGCCGCCCUCGGACCGCUUUCUCCGCGCAGCGUAUCACCCGGAGAGGCCGCGGUCGGCAGCGGGCAGCUCUAGGCUGGGACGGGGAGGCCGGGACCGCGGCGACCAGCUUGUGGUGCCCGGGCUCGGGGAGCCGGUGGCCGUGCGUGGGGGCUUCAACGUCUUCGGGGAUGGCUUCGUGCGCCUCGAUGGGCAGCUCUACCGCCUCAGCAGCUACAUCAAGAGAUAUGUGGAACUGACCAACUACUGUGAUUAUAAAGACUACAGGGAAACUAUAUUGAGCAAACCAAUGCUGUUCUUUAUUAAUGUACAGACCAAACAAGACACCUCAAAAGAAAAGACAUACGCAUUUCUUGUGAAUACAAGGCACCCAAAGAUAAGAAGACAGAUAGAGCAGGGGAUGGACAUGGUCAUCUCCUCAGUGAUUGGAGAAAGUUACCAACUGAAGUUUGAUUUUCAAGAAGUAUUGAAGAAUUUUUUCCCUCCAGGGACUGAAGUGAUUAAUGGAGAAAACCUGAGCUUUGUGUAUGAAUUCAAAGCUGAUGCCUUAUUUGAUUUUUUUUAUUGGUUUGGGCUCAGCAAUUCCACUGUGAAAGUGAAUGGAAAAAUUCUGAAUUUGUCAAGUACAAGUCCCGAAAAGAAAGAAACAAUUAAGUUAUUUCUGGAAAAAAUGAGUGAACCUUUUAUCCGAAGGAGCAGUUUCUCUGACCGAAAAUUCAGUGUAACUUCCAGAGGUUCAAUAGAUGAUGUUUUUAACUGCAGUCUGUCACCCAGAUCAUCUCUGACAGAGCCUCUUUUGUCAGAAUUGCCAUUUCCCAGUGUUCUGGAAUCUAAAGAGAUACCCAACCAAUUUAACUGAUUGGACUGAGCAUCGCUGCUGUCACUUUUCUACUCCAGCUGAAGGGAUGGGAGGAGGUAGGAGGCAGGUACUUCCACCCCUUGCCAAGCCCAGCUCCCCACACCUUCUAAGAGGAUUCCUAUCUUCCUUUCCUUGGCAUCGCGCCCUGGCAGGGUCAGUGCAGCUGGAUUCCUUCAAGGGUGCAGUUACCAGUGUGGAAGGGCUUUGGCCCCAUGGUAUGGGGGCUGGGAAAUCCUCUACUAUGCACACUUCUCUAAGGCUGUAGGGUCCUGCAACCCUGAACCUUUGCUUGGUACCCUAGUGUCCUAGGAGUUUUCCUAGCAGCUGCCAUGGGAGCCAUCUGACAUUGGAGUUGGCUCAAGUACCACCUGUGAUGUUUCCUAAGUCAGAGUAUGACCCUCUGCUUGGGACACCCUUGAUAAUGCCCAAAGCCAGGACACAUGGGGCUCACAGUGCUCUUCUUUUCAAAACGGCUGAGCAGAAAGCCUGCACCAGCUUUCCUGGGGAGGUAAGCAUGUGUUCUGUGCUGCCUCUAUGAAAUCUUAGAAGAAACUUCAAGGCUAGGUUUACUGGAGGAUUGGCCAGGUGGCUGACACAGUAACUCUGCCAUUCCUUGCCUGAAAUGUGAAGUACUUUGGCCUCCUCUUAGCACGUGGCCCAUCCAGAAUGAGGCCAGGUGCUGUCGGGCACGGCAGCGUCCUCCUUCCUGAAAGCACCUUGUAUCAGUUGGGCAUUUAAAAUAAACUUUAGCAAUCCUACCAUGAAAAGAAAAAUAGAAGAAAGCUAUACAUUAUCAUAGUUACAUCAAUACAUUUUUCAUCUCAGCUACAAUGGAAUUCUUCAAAAGAAGCCUAUUUCCAUAUAAAAAGUUUCAUAAAUGAAUGACUACCUAUGCCCAUAAUGAGAUUUAUGGCUCCCAAAUUAUCUUUUUUAUAUCCAUUUUAAAAUGUAU